GAUGAACAUCACCACAAAGACGGGACUGAUCGCUUCCCCCCGGAAGCGUAUCGUGCGCCCGAAGAAAGAGUUCGAUCCGGCCGUGCUGGCCCCGUGUGCCAUCACGCGCCAGGUCCCGCUGGCGCUGCGACCCUUCGGCGGUUUGUACAACCCCUACUCGAAGGGCUGCUCGGUGCUGUGCAAUCAUCCGGCGGCCCAGGAGGUGAAAAAUGUGGUCCGACUGGCAAAGGACGCCUGGAUCACGGAGGCCAAGGUGGCUAAUUUGCACGGACAUGUUGGUGGUGGACCGGCGGGCACGGCCACAGCGGCCCUGAUCGAUCGUACCGGUGCGACGUUGGUCGAUGCGGACGGUAAGGCGCUGCCGGGCGAUGGCACCGAGCUGCCGGAUCACGUGCCGGAAGAAUUUUUCCGCCGCUACACGGACACGGAUUCGAGACCGCUGACGCCGACACCGACGGUGGCCAGCGGUCGAACGCGUGCCAGUGUGGGCGGUUCGCAUCUGGCGCGCCGGUGCGUCACGCCGGAACCGCAGACCGCCAACGGGCAGGAGCGCAAGCAGCUGAUACUGGACCUGCGCCGCAGCCACAGCCAGGAGACGCUCUACUGGAACGCGUCUUCCGAGCUGAGCCCGAGCCAGCUGCACGACGGUGGUGGUGGUGGUGGAGGCUUAGCGCUCGGGUACGGCGGUACCGGCGAACGGGGAACGACCGGACCUACCGGCGGUGGCAUUGGUGGUGGUGUGGGAGCAGGUGGGACCGUAGCCCAGUCGGCCGUCGCGGACGAUACCGGACGAAGUGCGGGAGUCGGCGGUGCGGACGAGAUGAAGCUGCUGCGUGGGGAAUCCGAUACCGAGCCCGGAUCGUCUGGCCGGGCACCGCCCCAACCGAUGACCUGUAUCAACGCGAUGGACGAUGGGGAGGAGGACCCACCGAGGCGGCGCGGUAAGCGGCGCAAAAAGUCCAAACAGCUCACGCAAACGAUCAGCUUUGUGCCGAACCAGGAUCCGGAAACGCAAAUCGCCAAAAUUGACCCGGACUCGCCGAACUACUCCGCCCGUCCGUCGCUGGUGCCGACGGGAAAGAAUCUGCUCUGCCUAGCGCAGGACCUAACACCUCCGGCCGGUUUCGGUGCGGGUGGCACUCAGGAUGGGGUGGGGCAGCCCGCCGAGGAGGAUUGCUUUCUGGACGAUGAGUCGUUGGGGUUGCUACGCCGCGGACUGAACAUUGACUUUGUGGAGAUGAUCUUUGAGCGUUACAAAGGACGCGCAAUUCGGGAAGCCUUUCGAACGGCGACGAUGGACAAGCUAAACUUCCAAACGGAAGCUGUCAGAACUUUGCAACGAUCGGCGAAACAGCUCAGUGACGUUGACUACGAGAAGUGGAUCGAUCUGCCCCGGAAGUACUCGAGAUCUUCGGCCCGGUUUGAGCUGCCAAUAGAUACCCGCAAACUAACCCGAAUGACCCCGAUCGAGUAUCUACACGAUUACGUUGUGCUAAGCGAUGACCGGAAGCAGCUCUACCAUCGGAUCUUCGCACGCAAUCUACCUCGAGAGGAACCGAAAGCGUCCGGUGUGCUGGAAAGCAUUGACAGUGACUCACUGCCCGAAACGGAAACGGGACCGAUCGAGGUAGAUGUUACGCGAAAUCUGCUGGCGGACGUGACCCGAUACAUCCCGAUGAAUUGUUUCGACAAGGCGCUGCACGAAGCACUUGGCUUUCAUGGGACACCUGAAAGGAUUGCGGCUAUUCGGGAGCUGUUGGAACUAAACUACGACCCGUUCAACGAGCUGCACAUCGAUUUCAGAACGUGGUGUGGAAUAGUUGCGUUUUCGGAACGCUUCAUCAACACGCUUGACCGCGAGCAGGAUCCUUGUGACGAGCUGGAAAUGGUUGAUUUUGAAUCGCUGGAAAGACGGGUCCGGUGGGCUCGACCUUCGGAAAGCCUUUGCCAAGUCUUGCAAAUCAUUAAAUACCAUUAAGCAGGAGGGGUGUUCGGUCU